AUGGCUCCUUCGAAAGCAGCGCAGAAGGCGCUUACCGCCCACAUGACAACAACCACCCUACGAGUAGAUGGCAUGACAUGCGGAGCAUGCACCUCAUCCGUGGAAUCCACAUUUGAAGGCGUAGAAGGCGUAGGAGGUGUAUCAGUGAGCUUGGUCAUGGAGCGUGCGGUCGUGGCCCACGACGCGGAUAAAAUCUCCGGAGAACAAAUACGAGAGAUGAUUGAUGACAGAGGAUUUGAUGCGCAGGUGAUCAGCUCAGACCGGCCUGAGUCACCGCUAUUCGAUGCUUCAGAGGAUGAACAGCUCCUAGACGACACUGGGGCGGACUUGAUGAGCAGCGGGUUUUCCACUACAACUAUACACGUGGGCGGAAUGACAUGUGGGGCUUGCACUUCGGCUGUAGAAGGAGGUUUCAAGGACAUGCCAGGCGUGAAGAGCUUCAGCAUAUCGUUGCUGGCAGAACGAGCGGUGAUAGAGCACGAUCCUACCAUCGUUGGUCCGGAGAAGCUCGCAGAAACAAUAGAGGACACCGGAUUCGAUGCAGAAGUCCUAGAGACCAAGGCUGCUGAGCCGAGCGUGACCAAGCCGAAGCAAAGGAGGAAGAGCGUCACCAAGCAAUUGAUGACUACAACCGUAGGCAUUGAGGGCAUGACAUGCGGAGCUUGCACUUCAGCGGUCGAGGGAGGCUUCAAGGAUGUUGCAGGAUUGGUGCAGUUUAACAUCAGCCUGCUUGCCGAGCGCGCUGUGAUUGUGCACGACCCCGAAAAGCUUCCCGUGGCAAAGAUUGUGGAAACGAUUGAAGACAGAGGUUUCGACGCAAGUGUUGUCUCCAGUGUCGAAGAAGGCGUUCAAACAUCCAGCAGCAACGCGUCGGUACAGCUGAAAAUCUACGGCUUGCAGAGUCCUGAGUCAGCAGCGGACUUGCAGGUCAGCCUCAAAAAUGUUCCAGGAAUCGCAUCCGUGAACAUCAGUUUCGGUACUGGACGUGCUUCGAUAUCGCAUACUCCGUCAAAGAUUGGACUCCGUGCCAUUGUUGAGGCCAUCGAGAAUGCUGGGUACAACGCUCUUGUGGCCGACUCAGACGACAACAACGCUCAGCUCGAGUCUCUGGCCAAGACUAAGGAGAUUCAAGAAUGGCGAUAUGCGUUCCGGACCUCCGUCUCCUUUGCCGUGCCUGUCUUCUUCAUCAGCAUGUUUUUGCCAAUGGUGAUACCGGCGCUCGACAUUGGGAGCAUCAAGCUCCCCAUAAUCCCUGGACUGUGGUUAGGUGACGUGCUUUGCCUGGCCCUUACUAUUCCAGUGCAGUUCGGGAUCGGAAAGCGUUUUUACAUCUCAGCCUUCCGGUCGAUAUCACAUGGAUCGCCAACUAUGGAUGUACUGGUCGUGCUUGGCACUUCUGCGGCAUUCUUCUUCAGUUGCGCGGCCAUGGCUGUUUCAAUAUUGAUAGCUCCUCAUUCCAGGCCCGGGACAGUGUUUGACACCAGCACCAUGUUAAUCACGUUCAUCACGCUGGGGCGCUUCUUGGAGAAUCGGGCGAAGGGCCAGACAAGCAAGGCGCUUUCAAGACUAAUGAGUCUGGCACCUCCUAUGGCGACCAUCUACGCGGAUCCAAUCGCAGCAGCGAAGGCUGCGGAAAGUUGGAAUGCCCGAAAUGAGACCGACGAGAAGCAGUCGAAGGUCGAUGACCAGGAGACUCCCGGUUCCGCAGUAGAAGAGAAGACGAUCCCCACUGAGCUUAUUGAGGUCGGAGACAUCGUAAUCCUAAAGCCUGGCGACAAGAUUCCCGCGGACGGAUUUGUGACCCGCGGUGAGAGCUAUGUCAACGAGAGCAUGGUCACUGGAGAAGCGAUGCCAGUCAACAAGAAGUCAGGAUCGCCUCUGAUGGCAGGUACUGUGAACAACGCAGGUCGCUUAGAUUUCAAAGUCACCCGUGCUGGUCGCGACACGCAGCUGAGCCAGAUUGUGCGGCUGGUACAGGAGGCACAAACGAGCCGAGCACCUAUCCAGCGUAUGGCCGACAUCGUUGCUGGCUACUUCGUUCCAGUGAUUAUUACACUUGGUCUGGCUACGUUUGUCGGCUGGAUGGUACUCAGUCACAUCCUGCCGCACCCACCCAAGAUCUUCCUCAACGAGGCUUCCGGCGGUCGACUGAUGGUCUGUGUCAAGCUAUGUAUUGCAGUCAUUGUGUUUGCUUGUCCCUGCGCACUUGGUCUGGCUACUCCGACGGCUGUAAUGGUCGGUACUGGUGUUGGAGCCGAACAGGGUAUUCUGGUUAAAGGUGGCGCUGCUCUCGAAACUGCGACCAAGAUCACGCACAUCGUUCUCGACAAGACGGGUACCAUCACGAUGGGCAAGAUGAGCGUAUCACAGUUCGAGCAGGCUGGUUCGUGGAAGACCAAUCCUGCUCGCGUCAGUCUGUGGUGGACGCUUGUUGGUCUUGCGGAGAUGAACAGCGAGCAUCCUAUCGCCAAAGCAAUUCUGGUGGGCGCGAAGCACAAGCUCAAUCUGGGACCCGACGCUCAAAUCGAGGGCAACAUGGGCGAUUUCAAAGCGACAGUCGGUAAGGGCAUUCGGGCAUCGAUCGAGCCCAGCGGUGCUUUCGAGCGGAAGAGAUACCAGGUCACUAUUGGCAACGCAUCUUUCUUGCGCAGGAAUGGCUUUACUGUCCCGAAAUCCCCCGAGGAUGAAUACGACAGCAGCAGAAGAUUGUCCGUCUCUGCGCCUUCGUCUUCCAAGAUGUCGCAAUCUGCCGGAAUCACAACCAUCCAUAUUGCCAUCGAUGAUGAAUACGCUGGUUCGAUCGGGCUAUCCGACACACUCAAGGCCUCUGCUAGAGCUGCCAUCUCGGCGCUCCACAAGAUGGGCAUCAGCACAUCACUGGUCACGGGUGACCAAGCAGCAACUGCCCACCACGUCGCCGCUCUCGUUGGCAUCUCACCAGAGCAUGUCCACGCUGGCGUUUCUCCGGAGGGAAAGAAAAGCAUCAUCGCCGACUUCCAGAAGCAAGGCCAAGUCGUCGCAAUGGUAGGAGACGGUAUUAAUGACUCUCCAGCCCUUGCAACGGCAAACGUGGGCAUUUCUCUCGCCACGGGAACGGAUGUGGCGAUGGAUGCGGCUGAUAUUGUGCUCAUGAAGCCGAACCAGCUGAUGGACAUUCCUGCUUCUCUGCAUUUGAGCAGGACGAUCUUCAGGCGGAUUAAACUCAAUCUCCUGCUUUCGUGCGUUUACAAUGCCGUGGGCUUGCCGAUUGCGAUGGGAUUCUUCUUGCCUUGGGGUAUCACUUUACCGCCCAUGGCUGCUGGUGCCGCGAUGGCUUGCUCCAGCGUCACUGUUGUUGUCAGCUCUCUGCUCUUGAAGACGUGGCGGAGACCGAGCUGGAUGGUAGACGGCGAGGAAGAAGCCAUCAGGUCCGACUUUGCCCAGAGGAUGAGUCUCUCCUCGACACUCUCCGGUUUCAGAGACCUGGUCACGGGGAGGAAGAGAAGAAAUUCUGAGCGCGAUCGGGGCGCUUAUGUACAGCUUGAGAAUAUGGAAGUGGUUUGA